AUGAUCGCGUACAGCACUGUGAUCACGCGAGACUCAGUUCUCAGUCACAGGAAGAUUGAGGGCUCUUCAAACCUGCAUCUUUCCAUCUUGGAGCCUCUGUCGAGAGGUCUUGGGAGUCAGGCCAGCAUGUUGGUGGACCAAGGAGCUGCUGUUAAGGACUCAGAGGACACUCCUUUCCCCGACAGCAUUGAGAAACAUAUUGGAAGGACAUCUUCAUCUCUGAAGAAGUAUGACAAGACACAGUUAAUUAAUUCAAUCAAUAGCCAUUGCAGUGUCCCCUUCACUCCAGUGGAUUUCCACUAUGUUCAACACUGGGCCCUGUUCUUUGUCCAGGGUGCUAGUGCUGCUUCUACAUUGAUGGAUGUCAGCUACAAAAUUUGUAAUGAGGAGAAUCUAAAGGUAUGUGUGGAUGCUUUUGCUGUACCCUACUCUGUGCAGAAUAAGUUGCAGCCAAAAUAAAUAGAGCAGCUAAAGCUGACUGUGAGCAAACAAUAUAAUGUCUCCCAGAAAGCUCUUGAUCUCCAGAGUCUACGCUAUGACCCAGGCUUCAUGCAUCUUGAUGUUAAUAUAAUUCUGAAUCAUAGAAACCACAUGACUGCCACCUUAGAGAUCAUCAAAAUGAGUUUCCCCCAACUGUUGUUCCUCAAUUUGUGCAAGAUCAAACUGUACCAGCUGGAUGGCCUGUCUGAUAUUGUACAGAUAGGCCCCAUAAUCAGGAUCCUGAACCUAUCCAAAAAUCAGCUUAAUUCCACCUGGGAGUUGGGGAAGAUCAAAGGCCUGAAGCUCAAAGAGCUGUGUCUGGGAGGGAACCCCUUGUGUGACACGUUCCCAGACCAACCCACCUACAUAAGUGCUAUCAGGAAAUGUUUCCCUGAAGGACAGUCUCAGGGUUCUAUGCAUGCCUUCACCCAGACCUUCAUCGCUACCCCUGCCAGUAGUUCCAGUAUGUUCAUCAUGAAUGAUGAGCUGUUUGUGAGGGUCCCCACGAUCAGUGAGUCUCAGAGGGCAUUCUCUAUUCCCAUGCCCACAUCUUCCUGCAGUUCUCAGCCCACCCUCUCCCAGGUGCAGCAAGAAAUGGUGCUGCUUUUCUCCUACCAGUCUGGCAUGAAACCACAGUGGUCUCAGAAGUGCCUUCAGGACAAGAGGUGGAAAUACACCAGAGCUGCUCAGGUCUUCACUAUGCUCAAGGUGAAGGGCACAAUCUCAGAGGAGGCCUUCAAACAAACCCCUUAA